ACGAAGAAGGAUACACACUCCGUAUACAAAAACGCACAUGUAACACACAGUAUUAACCUUUCGCCUUUAGCGAAAAAACACCAACGCAACAAAACAUACUUUACUCCCAAAUCUCAAAAGCGAAAUCGUGUUGAAGAAUUUCAUACUUUACUCACUUAUGUGCUCGUGUGAGCAACGUUUAAAGGAAACGUAUUUAAUAAAUUUAAAGGCUGAAAGGAGAGUAUAUAUUUUUUGGGAUUUUUUUUCACACUAAAACCAAAAAAAAGGAUAUUAAGAAGAAAAAUUUUUUGAAGUUAUACACACGGAAAAUUGCAACCAUUCAGUUUUUUCACUUGUAAAAAGACAAACGUGGAUUUAACAUAGAAUUGAAAUUAAACGGAAUUUGGUGAAAAUUUUUAAACAUAAUAUAAAAAAAAAUAAUAAUGUUAAUGAAAAAGAAUAUAAAAAAAGAAAGUUAUAGGAAAUAAUAAAACGAAAUUAGAGUUCAAUUUAAUGAAAAUUAUAACAAAUAUUUUGCUAAAACUAAAAUAAAAGCAAAAUGAAAAUUCUAAUAAAACUUCCAAAAAAUAGUUAAGAACCAAGAAAACCAAGUUUUCCCAAGAUUGUUAAAGUUUAAGCAACAAGAAACAAAAGAUUAAAUAAAUUAUAAUAUAAAAAUAAAAGUAAAGAGAAUUAAUAAACAAGAUAAUCUACAUCAAACGAAACCAACAAAAACCGUGGAAAAUUAAAAAUUCUUCAAAAUGAAACCUUCAGAAUUGCUGUUACUUUUGGAAAGGGUCAAAUUUAAAGUUCCCUUACCGCCUGGUGUAAACAGUGCCACAUUGCUACCAAAAUUAAUACGAACCAAGGAUGUCAAACAGUUACAGGACGGUAAUUCACAACCUACAAAGCCAAAAUUAACGAAAUGCCUAAACACUUUAGAUCUCACAUCGCUGGGUAUUGGUUCGUGUUGUGGCACUGGCAUGUAUUUAGUUGCCGGUAUGGUGGCCAAAAAUAUUGCCGGUCCUGGUGUGAUAAUUAGUUUUAUUAUUGCUGCAAUAGCUAGUAUUUUUUCAGGCGCCUGUUAUGCUGAGUUUGGUGUGCGUGUACCACAUACAUCCGGUUCCGCGUAUAUGUAUUCAUAUGUUGCCGUUGGCGAAUUUGUUGCAUUUAUUAUUGGUUGGAAUAUGAUAUUGGAAUAUUUAAUAGGAACAAGUGCCUGUGCUUGUGCGUUAAGUUCAAGUUUUGAUUCACUAACCGGCGGUGCCAUAUCAACAGCCAUAGGCGAUACUAUUGGUACCAUAUUUGGUAAACCACCUGAUUUUAUAGCCUUCGGCAUUACACUCAUAAUGACAAGUGUACUGGCAAUGGGUGCCAGUAAAUCGGUGAUAUUUAAUCAUACUUUAAAUGCCAUAAAUCUUGCAACCUGGGUGUUUGUUAUGACUGCUGGCUUGUUUUAUGUGGAUACAAAUACAUGGACUGAACAUCAAGGAUUCUUGCCAUACGGUUGGAGUGGGGUGUUUUCCGGUGCUGCCACAUGUUUUUAUGCAUUUAUUGGCUUCGAUAUUAUAGCCACAACGGGUGAAGAAGCCCACAAUCCUCAAAAAAGUAUUCCAAAAGCAAUAGUGGGUUCACUGUUUGUUGUUCUCUUGGCCUAUGUUACAGUUAGUUUAGUUUUAACACUUGUCGUUCCCUACGAUCACAUCAAUGCUGGUGCUGCUUUGGUGCAAAUGUGGUCGUAUGUCAAUGCACCCAAAUGCAGAGCCAUUGUGGCAAUUGGUGCAACAGCUGGUCUAUCGGUGGCCAUGUUCGGUUCGAUGUUUCCAAUGCCAAGAGUUAUAUAUGCCAUGGCUCAAGAUGGUUUGAUAUUCAAACAACUUUCUCAUCUAUGGCAACGUACUAAUGUACCUGGUUUAGCCACAAUAGGAAGUGGUAUUGCAGCCGCCUUAGUAGCACUAUCCGUACGUCUAGAAAUUCUAGUAGAAAUGAUGUCGAUCGGAACUCUGCUCGCCUAUACACUCGUAUCCACAUGUGUGCUAGUGCUGCGCUAUCAACCACACAGUACUUCCCUAAUCGAAUUGUUACCAGCUCAACUACGCACACCCAUAACGGCGGGCGCUGCCAACGAUCCACACAAAACCACAGCUGAAGUUUUGGAAACGAAUAAAUUGACCAUUAAACGUGUAACUCGAGGCAUGUCCGAUUCAGAUGAUUCCUUUAUCGAUGAAAGUCCCGAAGGUUAUUUGGGCCGUGAUGAUCAAUUUCUGGUGUCAGAUCGUUCGGAAAAUAAAUUCUAUGGUGCUGUACAUGGUGCACCAACUGGUCCCACUGGACAGGCUACAGCCUUUGAUACAAUGGGUUUGAAUUUCAUAUCGAGAAAAAUACAUGAAUAUUCAUAUCUGUGUCCUGGUUUCUUUCCCUGGAUAAAUCCCGGCCAGGCCACCACGGAAAGUGGCAUGUAUGUGACCAAACUUGUUGGCAUCAUGUUCGGUCUCAUAUUCUUCUUGGAUCUAUUUGCGGCCAUUGGCUGGUCCGGUGGUUUCGCAGCAUUCAUUUAUUUCAUUUUAUUUAUCGGCAUAUUUGUGAUAUUAUUAAUUAUCUCAAGACAACCACAAAAUAGAUAUGCGCUUGCGUUCCUUACCCCUGGACUUCCAUUUAUUCCAGCGAUUGCCAUUGCAGUCAAUAUCUAUUUAAUAUUUAAGUUAAGCAUAUUAACCUUAGUUAGAUUUACCAUUUGGAUGUCACUGGGCUUCGUUAUGUACUUUUAUUAUGGCAUCACUCACAGUACCCUCGAACAGACAAGCGAUGAAAUGGAAUUGAGAGUCGACAAGGAUUAUAGCAAAAAUGUCGAAGAGAAAGCUGUUUGGGAUCAACCUUCCUAUAUGAACCAAAAUCAUGAACCCGUUUGGGCCAGUAAAGAUAAUACAAAAGAAAAUACGACAAAACCUCGCGCCAAUCAUUCCAACAAACCACAAGAUAACUCCAAUUCCACGAAUACACACAAUACAACAAGUGCAAGAAAUCCUGCAAUUGGUCAAACCAGCGGAAAUACGGGAACAUUUAGUAUGUUUAUCGAUGAAACACAAUUUCCAACGUGGGACGAUUAAAACAGAUGAUAAAUUUAAAUAGUUUAUAAGAUUUUAGUUUAUAACACAGUUUGGAGUGGAACCCCAUACAAACAAACAAACCAACUAACUAAACAAAACGCAAAUGUGAGAGCAAUGCUUAGAUUUACAUACAUAUUUACACUACUGAUUACAUACUAACAAAUUUCAUUGGAAAUAACAAUAUUUUAAUUUUUUAGUUUAAAAAAAAAAUCAGUUCAAAACAAAUAAUGAAUUAAACUCAGAGAAAACCAGACUUAUUAUAAGCACUUUACAUGAUUUAUGGUUGCUGCUACAAAAUUUUUGUUAACUGCAACUAAGUGUAGCAUUCCAAGUUGUGCUUUAUGAAAAUGUUUUCUCUGAGAAAUAAAAUUUAUUUUCUAACUAAAAGCUAAUAUGUAAAUAAUCGUAAUUAGUCUUUAUUUAUUUAUUUAUACAUAUUUAUAUAUAGAAUAUAUACAUACACUUAAAAACAUAUAAUAUUAUUUAAAUAUUAUCUAUAUAUAUACACAUACAUAAAAUAUAUAAAUGGGUAUGUACUACAUAUUAUUUAUUAAUAAUUAAAAAACCAAAAAAAUGCGUACAUACAUACUUAUAGAGAAUUACAAGAAAUUCGCAGAAAAAAAAACGCAAAAUUAGUAAUUUUUCAAUUGACUCAAAAUUAUACAAAUUUAAACAAAAACAAAAAAAGAAUAAAUUUAAUAGUUAUAUAUUAUAUAAAAUUUUUAAUAUACAUUAAAAUUAUGACUUAAAGUUAUGUCUAUAUUAAGUCCCCCAGAGCAAAGUGUUAUUAAAUUCUUUAACUGGAAAAGUUAAAAAAAAAAAAUGUUGAAUUUUUAUAACGAAUUAUAAAACUCAAGAUUUCUUCUUUUGUUUCGAACCCUUGCUUCAAAGGAACUCUAUGAGAUCAAUUCAAAUGAGGAAUAUAAGUAUUACAGUAAUCUCUUAGAUUCAAUUGAUUGUUUACUGUGCAAAAAAAACUCGGACUUUCGUAAACCGAACGUUUUAGUGGCAUUUAAAAAUUGUUUGCGAGUUGUUCAGUAACGUUCCAUUAUAUAGCAAAAAUCAUCCUGGUAAAAGCCAAUGCUGUUCAGGUUGCAUUUGCAAAAACAGUCUGUGAUCCUAGUGAAAAUUUCUUCAUUAUGCUUAAUUUUAAUUUGUUAGAAGAUGAAAUUGUCUGAUCUCUGAAAUGCAUCUUGUAAUGAUCCGAGGAGUAAACUGCAUAGUUAUGUGCCCUUCUAGCUUAAGAAUCUCAGCGAUGUUGCCCCAUUUUAAUGGAUGCUCACAUACAUUGUGAAGCUAUAAGUUGGAAAUAUGAAAUCCGCACUCUAUAACAGUGUGCAGCCCGGGUUUCGAAUCAGUACAAACUUUAACCAUAAUAAGUAGUACUUUUUUUUGACUAAUCCAGGGUCUACUCUAUCGACAAAUCCAUGGUCUAGGCUAUUGGCUAAUUGUACAUCAAGUCGGAUGAAAUACACCUAGGCCACCAUCGGGCCUAUUGUGCGCUCCCUUACCAGUGUCUCAGGUGGGAAUUGAACCUACGACGUCCGGUGUAACAGACUAGAACACUAACCUAGUCUACCAAUUAGUCUACUGACUAAUCCAGGGUCUACUUUAUUGACAAAUCCAUGGUCUAGGCUAUUGGCUAGUUGUACACCAAAUCCGAUGAAAUACACCUAGGCCACCAUCGGACCUGUUGUGCGCUCCCUUACCAUUGUCUCAGGUGGGAAUUAAACCUACGAUCUCCGAUCUAACAGACUAGAAUAUUAACAAAUCCAUAUUUUAGGCUAUUAGCUAGUUGUACAUCAAAACCGAAGAAAUACACCUACGCAACCAUCGCACAGUGAGACAUUUGGCACUUUUAGAAAGACAUUAAUCAAAUCUUAGUGAUAUUGAGUUCUAAUUUUAGUUACAGUUAGGAAACAAUUGCCUAAACGCUCCACAUAAUAAUCAGCACGAUAAGACUGCUGCCACGCCCAUUUUUUACAAGUAUAUAUUGAAUAAAAAUUUAAUUUUUGGUCGCAUAUAUCUCAAAACUUUUGCUAUCGAUUUUGAAUUUUUAUAUAUUUUUAGAAAGACAAUUUUAUACAGAUUUAAAUAUUUGUUGCACAGUCUCUGCAAAAAGUUAAUAAAACUCAUUUUCCUAUUUAAUCACAUUUUCAACGUUUAUAUACUGUUUGAAACGGGUUGGUAUUAUCCGAUUUGUCUCAAAUGCUCUGCAUUGCAGGUUUAGUGCAUGCUCUUCUAUAAUUUUUACAAACAUGCUUUAUAUAACAUCCCUAAUAAAUAUUAGUGUUGUCACUUUUAGAAAUUUUUCUCAAAUUGUACAAAUAUUUGCAUAUAAUUGAAUAGAACAUUAACAAAAGAUUUAUACUAUUAUUAAAAUUUAAAAUAAUAUGUAAAUUCCGCGGUUGUUACAAAGAAAAAAAUUAAUUUAUAAUCAAUGAAUUUAACACUGGAAAUAAACAGAAAAUAUCACUUUUUAAAUAAAGCUGUGACCCCUGAUUGGCUUAAGUAAUUGUUUUUUAAAAGCAGUAAUUGUGAGUUAAUACAUGGUGCCAAAGCCAAAAAUUUAUGUAUUCCCCUAACGUGAGCUUACACAUAAUUUUAAAAAACAUAUUAAAUCCUAUAGGACACUCUAAUUUUUUUGAAUAUCUCUGAAGAUCGCAAAAGGUCGCAGCCAAUUUUCAUAUAUAUGUCUCUAUAGAAAUUUUCCUAUGCAAGGGUUUUAAUUAGAUAACUGCAAUUGGCUGCAGUCAUUAGAUCUAUUCCAUUAAAAAUUUAAUUUUGAAAUAUAUUUUUAUUAUUAAUAGUAUUUUUUCUUAGAGUUAAAAAUAAAACCUUUAAAAUUGUACUUUUGUCUAAAAAAUCAUUGCAGAAUAAUUCCGAAGUAUUACAUUAUAAUACACUGAAGAAACUAUAUAAUUAUCUGAAAUAUUUACCCAGAUAUACGCAUUCAAAAUUAAUAUGCCGCUUCAGGAAUAUUACAAGAAAAUUAUUUUAUUUUUAAGAGGAGCAACUUUGAGCACCUAUAUUUCGGGUUAAAGGAACUCUGCAAUAUUUUUAGUUAGUUUUCUAUAGUAUAUGGAAUGUUUACUGUUAACCAUAAUAACAAGCAAGACAAUUGGAAAGCGUUUAUUUUUUUAUUUUUGUCGUUCUAAAAGGCCAAAUGUCUCACUGUGCAGUGGGCACUUGAAACGCCCAAGUUUAAGUUUAUGUUAUCGGGUCUAAAAGUAACUAACUGGUGAUAAGUUUUAAUCCGAACCUGAUGGCUCUAAUUCGUCUUACGUCACGUAUUUCUAUUGGAAACGAGAGCGGAGACCCUAGUCACUUUACUGCCAGCCAGUAAUGUAGAUGGUAGAUAUUCAAUUCUUAAAAUUUUCAAAAUAAUUAAAGAAUUUUGCAAAAAUCUUUAAUUUUUUUUUAAUUUUUAAUAAAGAAUUUCCAUUUAAAGAAUUUCUUAAACACUAUUUAAAUAAACUAAAGUUUACAAAAAAAUAACAAAAUAUUAGUAAAUAACAACUAGUUUAAAUGUAUUAUAAUUAAAUUAUAAUGGGGACUGUAAAAUACGAAA